CAGAGUGUGCGGGCGCGGUUGCCGUGGCAGCGCGCUGCCUGAGGGAGGGCGGCGGCGCCGGGCCGGGACCCUGGCGCGGUGAGGAGGCGACACGGCCACCCGAGAGCGUGGCGCGGGGCAGGCUGAGCCGCGGGGGCGCCGCCCUGCUGGCCAGCGGGGAUGCGGGACCGCCUGCCAGACCUGACUGCGUGUAAGAGAAAUGAUGAUGGAGACACGACUGCAGUCAUUGUUGAAAAAGACCAUUUCAUGGAUGAUUUCUUCCAUCAGGUGGAGGAGAUCAGAAGCAGUAUAGCCAAAAUUUCUCAGUAUGUGGAAGAUGUGAAGAAGAAUCACAGCAUCAUCCUCUCUGCCCCCAACCCAGAAGGAAAAAUAAAAGAAGAGCUGGAAGACUUGAACAAAGAAAUCAAGAAAACCGCUAACAAAAUCCGAGCCAAGUUAAAGUCCAUUGAGCAGAGUUUUGAUCAGGAUGAGAGUGGGAGCCGAACCUCAGUGGAUCUGCGAAUACGAAGGACCCAGCACUCAGUACUGUCUCGGAAGUUUGUGGAAGUCAUGACAGAGUACAAUGAAGCGCAGAUUCUUUUUCGGGAGAGAAGCAAAGGACGCAUCCAGCGCCAGCUAGAGAUCACUGGGAGGACUACCACUGAUGAUGAGCUGGAGGAGAUGCUGGAGAGCGGGAAGCCGUCCAUCUUCACCUCAGAUAUCAUCUCAGACUCACAGAUUACUAGGCAAGCUCUCAACGAGAUCGAGUCACGCCACAAAGAUAUCAUGAAGCUAGAGACCAGCAUCCGAGAGCUGCACGAAAUGUUUAUGGACAUGGCUAUGUUUGUCGAGACUCAGGGUGAAAUGAUCAACAACAUAGAGAAAAACGUGAUGAAUGCCGAAGACUAUGUAGAACACGCCAAGGAAGAAACCAAGAAGGCCAUCAGAUACCAGAGCAAAGCCAGGAGGAAAAAGUGGAUAAUUGCUGCUGUGUUGGUGGCUGUCAUUGCUGUGCUGGCUCUAAUCAUUGGCUUGUCGGUUGGGAAAUGAUGGCAUGGAUGGCGCUGGGUGCUUGCCUCUCCGCCAGGGUGGCAAAGAUGAUGCUCAUUCUUGUUUGUGUAGUUAUUUUGCUUGUGAUCCUUGGAAUUAUCCUAGCAACAACAUUGUCAUAGUAACCACACCCAAGAGCUCUUUAUCCUUGGAGACUCCGACCACACCUGUAGUUGAGUCAGCAUCCUGUCUUUCCAAGAGUGAACCUGGACUGGUGCUGAGUGCUGACGUUUUUAUCAGAGAAUGAAGGAAGUGCUGCAGAAGGCCUUGUGCCUUGAAAUCGCCAUGAGCCAGUGGACACAAUGCGCCACCCCGCAUAGCCUUUGUUUCUGAAGAACUUAUCACAAAGAUUCCACAAUGUGGCACUUGUUUUGGUGGCCUUGAAAUAGGAAUGAUUGAAAGAUUCAAUUUUUAAAAAAGAUUUCAGUGUUAAAAAUAUACAUGCAGUUUAAUUAGGGUGUACUCUGUUAGGAAGCUGUGGAGUGCAGGCCUGGGGCUUCCCACCACCCCUUCUCUCAGCUAACAAAUACUAAUUAAGAGACUUUUGUACUGUGCUUAAUUUGUGUUCAUGUCUUGUUUGCAGAAAUAAUUUUUAUUAUCACAGAAUUGUUUUGUAAGAUAUCUGUAAUAUUAAAUGUCUAUAAAUUAAUUGCUUAAUAUAUUAACAUCUUAACCCCCUUUUCUAUGCUAGACACUGCCUUGUGAAGGAGCUAGGAGUGGUUAAGACACGGGUGCAGGCUCUGCAUGGCUGAGUGCAGGUUGCCCUUGUUACUGAAAACACGGCCACGCAGCCCUCAGAGCCCAUCAUUGCGUUCUGGUGACCCUGACCUAGGAAGUGGAAGGGGGCCUGACACCCUCUGGAAAGUCUUGAUUAUUGUUAGCUCAUUUCUACCUAUUUCAGUUCCGAGUUAAUAAACAGUCACCGUGCUGCAAA